AGUUCUGUGUUUCAUUCCGCGGCUCUAUUAGUGACUGAGCGAGUGAAGGAGGAAUCAGAUCCAGUCUGAGUUUAAGUGAGUGAACAUCUAAAGAGUGGAAGCUUCUCACUUCAGCAUCAUCAGCAGAUUACAGGGACCUUUUUUUGGUGAUAUGCAGCUGUAGACAUAGUUAAGAGAUAAUGAACGGGGAAAUAGGGACCUCGACACGCAGCGAUGUGUUUAACGUGGGAAUCCAAGAACCUGCAAUCAACUUAAUGCAAGAUGAGAAGAUCGACUGUGCGGUUGUUCACUUGGGUCACCUCAGUAAAGAUCAAGCAUCAAAAUUACUCCAGAUCCUUCAUACUUAUGAUGAGAACCUUGAAAUUAAGACUAAACAUAGCGCAAAUGCCGGAUUGAGAUUUGGUGAUUUAUUUUUGAAGGGUGACACUCCAAACCCUCAAGCCCCAUCUGCUGGCAUCCAUGGGUUGAAUGGGAAUUUAAGUCUCCCUGGUUUUAAAGGUGACCUCAAAGCUCCAUCAGUGAAUGGAGAACUUUCGCAGAUGCAUCUGAACGGUUCCACACCAGAGCUGACAGUCGGGGACAAGGGCAAGUUCACCAUGCCAACCAUUGGCAUGAAAGGGCCAAAACUUAAAGGUGCUAAUCUAGAUGGCAGCAUCUCUUCUCCAACACUGAACACUCCAGAGGUUGAUGCAGAUCUCAAGACGCCAGUACUGUGCUCAACAAUGCCUAAGUUCCAGAUGCCAAAAUUUCAGGGCAGUUCCCUCCAUUUAGACCAGAUUGAACCUGAUGUGAAUUUGCCAAAUGCUGCACUGAAAGGCCCGAAUCUUAACGCAGAUCUCCCAGAUGCUGAUAUUGAAGGAAGUUCCAAAAUUAAAUGGCCUAAAUUCAAGAAACCCAAAGGAAAUGUGAAAGGCCAGUUGGGAGACAUUGAUGCAGAUCUGAAUACUCCAGACCUCAAUAUGACAGCACCCAAAGUGAAUGCAGACAUCAAUGCAGGAAAUGUUGAUAUUGAUGGCCCCGAUGUUGAUAUUAACGCUCCAAAGGUAAAUGUUGGUGCACCUUCUGCAAAAUCCAAGUUCCCUACUCUCAAGCUACCAAAGUUCAACUUAACCAAACCAAAGGUUGAAGGGCCCAAUCUUGAUGCUGACAUUAAGAGACCAGACAUGGAUGUAGGUGUGAACCUGCCCAAAACUAAACUUGAAGGACCAACCAUAGAUGCCAAAGCACCAGAUCUCAAACUCUCUGCACCAAAAGUAGAAGGUGAUUUUGGUAAAACAGGCCUAAACAUUAACACUCCGGGCGUAGACAUGAAAGCUCCUAAAAUUGAUGCUGAAGCUCCAGCUGCUAAAUUCAAGCUACCCAAGUUGCCCAAAUUUACUGCCCCCAGGGCAAAAGUAAAAGGACCAAAUGUAGAUGCUGAUCUUAAUGUCCCAGAUGUUGAUGUCAAUGGAGAUGUGAACCUGGAAACUCCCACAAUUGAUGCCCCAUCUGCAAAACUCAAAAAGCCAAAUAUUAAGAAGCCUAAAUUUAGUCUCACUGCCCCAAGAGUAAAAGGACCAAAUGUUAAUUCAAAUCUGCAAGCACCAGAUGUAGAUGUGAAAAUACCAUCAGGUGAGCUCAAAGGGCCUAAUCUGGACCUAAAAGCACCCAAGAUUGAUGGUUCUCUGGUGGGUCCAGAUGUAGAAUUGCCCAAAGCUGAGCUGAAGAAUCCAAAUCUUAACCUUCAUGCAAAAUCACCAGAUCUCAACCUCACUGCUCCAGAUCUGAACCUACCAACAGGAGAAAUCCAGUGCCCUAAUGUGGAUCUAAAUGCCCCUAAUGUUGAUGCACCAUCUGGAAAAUUAAAGAUGCCACACUUCAAGAUGCCUAAAUUUAACCUCUCUUCACCAAAGGUCAAAGGACCAAAUGCUGAUGUAGACCUAAAUGCACCAAACAUAGACAUGGAUCUACCUAAAGCAGACAUGAAAGGACCUGAUCUUAACUUCAGUGCACCAAAGGUUGAUCUUUCUAGUCCAGAUGUAGACCUGAACUUGCCAAAGGGAAGUCUUCAAGGCCCCGAUGUAGAUCUGAAGGUCCCAGAUGCAAACAUUGAUGCACCUUCUGGAAAAUUAAAAGUGCCACACUUCAAGAUGCCAAAAUUCAACCUCUCUGUACCAAAGGCCAAAGGACCAAAUAUGGAUGCAGACCUGAAUGCACCAAACAUAGACCUGGAUCUACCUAAAGCAGAUCUCAGAGGACCUGAUCUUAACCUUAGUGCACCAAAGGUUGAUCUUUCUAGUCCAGAUGUAGACCUGAACUUGCCAAAGGGACGCCUUCAAGGCCCCGAUGUAGAUCUGAAGGUCCCAGAUGCCAACAUUGAAGCACCUUCUGGAAAAUUAAAGAUGCCUAACCUGAAGAUGCCCAAAUUCAGCCUCUCUGGACCAAAGGUCAAAGGACCAAAUGCUGAUGUAGACCUAAAUGCACCAAACAUAGACAUGGAUCUACCUAAAGCAGAUAUCAGAGGACCUGAUCUUAACCUUAGUGCACCAAAGGUGGAUCUUUCUAGUCCAGAUGUAGACCUGAACUUGCCAAAGGGACGCCUUCAAGGCCCCGAUGUAGAUCUGAGGGCCCCGGAUGCCAACAUUGAAGCACCUUCUGGAAAAUUAAAGAUGCCUAACCUGAAGAUGCCCAAAUUCAGCCUCUCUGGACCAAAUGUCAAAGGGCCAAAUAUAGAUGCAGACCUGAAUGCACCAAACAUAGACAUGGAUCUACCUAAAGCAGAUCUCAAAGGACCUGAUCUUAACCUUAGUGCACCAAAGGUUGAUCUUUCUAGUCCAGAUGUAGACCUGAACUUGCCUAAGGGAAGUCUUCAAGGCCCCGAUGUAGAUCUGAGGGCCCCGGAUGCCAACAUUGAAGCACCUUCUGGAAAAUUAAAGAUGCCUAACCUGAAGAUUCCCAAAUUCAGCCUCUCUGGACCAAAGGUCAAAGGAUCAAAUAUAGAUGCAGACCUGAAUGCACCAAACAUAGACAUGGAUCUACCUAAAGCAGAUCUCAAAGGACCUGAUCUUAACCUUAGAGCACCAAAGGUUGAUCUUUCUAGUCCAGAUGUAGACCUGAACUUGCCAAAGGGACGCCUUCAAGGCCCCGAUGUAGAUCUGAAGGUCCCGGAUGCCAACAUUGAAGCACCUUCUGGAAAAUUAAAGAUGCCUAAUCUGAAGAUGCCCAAAUUCAACCUCUCUGGUCGAAACAUUAAUGAGCCUAACCUGAACGCAGAUCUGGAUGCUUCUUUUCCUAAGAUUGAUGGAGAACUCCACAAACCAGAUGUUGACCUACAUCUACCAGAUGCUAAGUUCAGUGGACCCGAUGUUGAUGUGAAAUUACCAAAAGCUGAUGUUAAGGUUCCUGAUGUGGAUGUUAAGACUCCAGAAUUAGAGGCCCCAUCUGGAAAGUUUAAAUUAUUCAAUCUCAAAAAACCCAAAACUGGUAUAACUGGUCCUAAAGUAAAGACACCAGAAAUCGAUGUCAACGCCUCAGUCAAAAAUGCAGACCUCAGCAUGUCAGCCCCAACAAUUGAUGCAGACCUUAAAGCUCCAAAUGCCAGUGUGAACCUGCCUACAGCUGAUCUGAAAAGUCCCCAUGUUGAUGUAGAUGCCUCUAAAGGAAAGAUCAAAUUUCCAACAAUGAAACGGUUUAAUUUUUCUGGUCCAAAAGUAAAAUCACCUGAUUUUGAUGGACCAGAUGUUAGCUUGUCAGCCCCCAAAGUUGAGAGUCCUAAUGUCAGUCUGAACUCCCCCAAAGCAGAGGUUAAUGUCGAAUCUCCAGAUAUCAAUGUUGAUGGGACUAAGAGUAAAUUUAAGUGGCCUUUCAAACGGUCGAAUAACGGAUCCAUAGGAGCAACGAUAGAUACCGUCGAUGCACACAUCGAUGACGGUGCGAUCGGUGCUGAUGCAGAUAUGAACCUUCCAAAAAGUUUACCCAUGUUUAAAACACACCGACUUCCCAACAGCAGAUUUGAUGAACCCCUGCAAGAACCUACUGAAGAUGUUGUCCUGAACACCCAAACCACUAAAGUAGAACCACGGUCUGGGACCUUCUCAGUUCCCACCCUUCCAAGGAUCAAAGGUGGGUGGAAAUCUUCCACAGGAACUCUCGACUCCAACGGACAUACACAAACGAUUGACAUUAAAGAAAGGCUCCGACUGUUUGCAGCACGCUCCACCAGCGAUCUCGCAGCGGCUUCCAGCAGCAACGUCGACCUCCCGGACAAUUCUACAAAAGUGAAACGAGGAACGUUUAAAGUAACAAGUCCUGACACAGACAAGGACUAUCCUGUGGUGAACUCACACAGCAAGGAAAAGAAACUUUCUCUGAGUCUCAACAACAUGCUUGGGUUGACCACCAGUUCAGAUGCAGAAGAUUAGCUUCAAGGCUUCUUAAAACUUUAACCCUCUAAAAUGAUAAAAUUAUUAUUUUAUUUUUUCGUUUGUUUAUAUUAUUAUUAUUAUUAUGGCAGUUUUUUUUUCUAUAUGCUAUCACUUGACAUAAAUCUAAAGAAAUUGUUUACGAGCAGAAGACUUUACAGAAUUAUGUAAAAAUUAAAGAUUUUUUUAAAAUUUUGUAUUUACAUGGGUGAAGUUUAAUAUAUUGUAAGAUGCAAUAACUAAUUACAAAACCUCUAAUUAUUUUGUAUAAAGUGCCACUUUAUUAUAUAGUUACAAGAAUUAUGAUACGAAGGAAAACGUUUUCCAUUUUAUUUACAAUAUAAACCACUUUGUGUGCAAUUCAAACUGAUAGAAUUUUGAUCUUAAAUUACUUAACACAUAUUGUUUAUCGAAAUUGUCAUCGAUGGGGCGAAAUCCUGUUUAUUUACAAUGAUAUAAGACUUUGUUUGUAACAAACCUCCCUCUUCUUUAACUGUAAAACAUUCACAGAUUCACCACUAUAUAAUGUUUUCA